ACAUCCGGGUCUCUCAGGUUCUUGUCUGGCGACCCGUCGCCAUUAGUGCAAGUUCGUUGUAACGGAUCUGUUUUUUGGGUUAAAGUCAUAAUUUUGUCGCGUUUUCCAGCUUCUGGAAAACACGUAACGCCUUUUUAAGGGCAGUUUGAUUUCCUUAGCGUGAAAUCCACACUUCAAUACAGGGGUCUUGGCCCCGCGUGGCGAGCUUUCGUCCUCACUUCCAAAGGCCAGUAUAUUUUGAGACGCCGAUAUCGUGUCUCUUAUUUUUUCUCGAGUUUGUUUUGCUGUCAAGAUGUCGCCGUGAUGGGGUCCCCGCGUUUGACAGAAAUGAAUCUGGGCCUUCGUCGCCUGACCCGCACUCGCAGCAGUCCGUCGUCCCCUUUCGUUUUUCCGUUUGAUGCUAGAGAGCUCCGCGCCUCUCUGCCCGGAGCUCGGCCUCAGCACCGCUCAGUACACGGAGACAGUCAUGGAGAAAAAUCCCAACAGCAGCACCAGCACCAAGGUUCCGCCCCGUUCCAGUUCCACGGGUCCAGCGCCGGGCGAAUCUAAACCCAAACCAGAAAGUAAAAAUAAUGGUGGCUCCAAGCGGUACAACCGCAAGCGUGAACCGUCUUUUCCUAAAACCGACAAUUUCCAAGGCCCUCGCCACACCAAUUCACAGAAAAGCAAGAAUUUUGACAAGAGACCCCCUCAGAGAGGUGGCGGUCGACAGUAUGGUGUUACAGGCGGAGGACGACGUGAGGAGGUUGGUAUUUUAAUAGUAGCGGAGACACGCCGGGCAGAGUUUAGCCCGGCUCAGUUUUCUGGACCGAAGAAAAUAAGCCUGAACCACUUGCUGAACUUCACUUUUGAACCCCGUGGAGGUAAUGGCGGUGUUGGGGAUGGAGGCCCCUCCUGCUGGGGCCGCCGAAACAAGUGGGGCCAUAAGCAUAAGCCCUUUAACAAGGAGCUAUUUCUGCAGGCCAAUUGCCAGUUUGCUGUGACUGAUGACCAGGACUACAAGGCUCACUUCACUGAUCCAGACACUCUGGUUAACUGGGACUUUGUGCAGCAAGUGCGUAUCUAUAGUCAUGAGGUGCCAUCUUGCCCCAUCUGCCUCUACCCUCCUGUGGCAGCACGCAUCACCCGAUGUGGACACAUCUUCUGCUGGCCGUGUAUGCUGCACUAUCUGUCUCUUAGUGACAAGGACUGGUCCAAGUGUCCUAUCUGUCAUGAGGCUGUGCACACUGCUGACCUGAAGAGUGUGGUUGCUAUGGAGACCAGGCAGUAUGCAGUUGGUGAUGUAAUAACCAUGCGCCUGAUGCAGAGGGAAAAGGGUUCCCUGGUGGCCCUGCCUAGUUCUCACUGGGUGAAGGUGGAGGAGCCUGUUCGCUUUGGAGACAUGGGUCUCAGCCCAUACUCCAAGCUGCUGCUGACCUCUGUGGAACAGGUCCUGGCCCUGGUAGAAGAGGAGAAGGCAGUCCUUCAUACUCAGCUUGGCCUGGAAGACGAAGCCCAAGGCUGCUUUAUCCAGAGCGCACUGUGUCUUUUGCAGGAGCAAGAGGAAACUCUUCUGAAACAGCAAAAAGAAAAUGCAGCACAUGGCCUUGACUUGUCUUCUCUGACCCUGGAAGGACCUUCUUCUCCAGUGAAGGAAGUGGUGACUAACGUCACCUGUGCCAAGCCUGUGCUGCAGUAUUCCUCAGCAUUUGAUGACCAAGUGGUAGAGCUUCAAGAGGAGACCACUGCAGAGCUGCCAGAGAUUGCUGAAGACAUUUUGCAGUGUGUGCUGGAAGAGCCUCCAGAGGGGAUGUUGGAUGCAGCUCCAAAGCCUCAGCUUGAUGGGAAAACCCCUGCUAACCAGCCACAGUCAGGCCGUCCCUCAGCCAGUGUGGCGCAUGGACCCUACUACUAUUUUUACCAAGCUGAUGACUGCCAGCAGAUGUUUCUGCAUCCUCUGAAUGUACGCUGUCUGUUGCGUGAAUACGGCAGCUUGGAGGCCAGUCCUGACGUGAUUACUGCCACAGUGGUGGAAAUUGUGGGACACACAGUCACAGAGGAGAUACGUCGUCGCCAUCGCUACCUGGCUCAUCUGCCACUCACAUGCGAGUUCAGCAUCUGUGAGUUGGCUUUAAAGCCACCAAUUUUGACCCAAGAAACUUUGGACACAUUUGCAGAUGACCUGGAGAAACGAAAGCACUUGAGGCAGAAGAAAUUGAGGGAUGAGAAGCGUAGAGAGAAGAAAAUUGAAAUGGAGGAGUACAAGAAGCAGGGGAGAUAUCCUGAAGUGCGUUUUGGAUUGGAAAACUUUCACCAUUUCCCAGCAUUCGGCUCCCCACCCCACAACAGCAGUCCCCCCAUUCCGGACUUCACUUUUGACCCUCCUUCACCCCUCAGCACCAGUCCCUCCUCUGAUGGGAUGAGAUUCCCGAGUCUGAAUGGGCAAAGCCCUUUACCCACUGUGGGUAGUGUGGAGGAUGACUCCCACUGCAUGUCCUUUGCACAGAUGCUAAGAGAUGGAAAGGCCAGAGUUGAUGCUGGGCCCAGGAUCACUCCAAAGAAAGAUAAGCUGCUGGUCCCGCCCACAGCAGAUAGUGAUGGGGAGAGUGACGGGUCCGACCGUGUCCCCGUGCCCAGUUUCCAGAACUCUUUCAGCCAGGCUUUUGAGAAGGCGCUUCUUCAGCUGGACAGUGGUCCAGCUUCCCCACCACAACAUGUGGCUGACCCAGAUGAAAGAGGAGGAAAAAAGAAGAAGAAAAAGCAGAAGCUUCUGUUUAGUACAUCCAUGGUUCACACAAAGUAGAUAACACUGAAUUUCAUUUAUUCACACAGUUUCUUGAAUUGAUCUUCCCUCUGCUUGUGUUCUUUCUGUGCAGAUCGUUCUUGGAACUGUAAGCUAUGGAAGUAGGUUUAAGUAUGUAGCCAAAGUUCAUGCAGCUUCAGUUUCAGAUUUUCUGUUUGCUUAAUACACCACUGGGGUUUUAUGUAGUGAAAUUGACAUUAAAACAAACAGUAGGUCAAAACUUAGCAUCAAUCUCAUUUUUACACAGUAAAAUUCUUAAUGGGUGACAUUUAGUAAUGCAUUGAUGCUGAGGAAAUACCAAACAACUGGACCUCAUUUGAUGUGACUUUUCAUUCAUUAACACAGUGCAGCAUUGCAUCUAGGACCCGUGAAAAAUAUGGAUGAGAGAUAGGGUGGUUUAUAUUAAAAAAGCAGUCAGCCAGCUGCUGGUAUGCACCAUUUGACUCUUUCCAUGAUACUCAGUGCUCAAACAUCCAUCUGGAAUAUUAACCUUUCAAAAAGAUGGAAAUCAAACUUUUAUUGCUUUUCACUGGUAAUUUGGACUUUUGUUUUAUCCUGCUUCAGCAAAAUAGAUUAAGCAUCCCUGCUUUUGCAUCUAUGUCCUAGUAUUUUGCAAUGACACCGUCACAAUGUGCAAAUAUCAUCGCAAGGACAUGAAAACACAGUAUUGUAAAAAAAAAAGAGAGAUUAGAUCUGUUUUUCAACAGCACACACAGUAUAUUUUGACUGGUUUAACUUAAAAUACACACUUUUCUUACAAUCAGUUUCUCCUGUCAUCUUGUAGAAUGUUUGAUAACAUAACAUUAAACAUAACAGGUUAAUUUCAGUGUUGGAAAUGUGUGAUGUUAAGGGUUUGCUGACAUUUAAAGACUGCUUCCAAAACCAGAUAAAAUGUGGAUUUAACUUUUUUUUUUCUUUCUUUUUUUUGGAGUUCAAUAUUUCCCUUUUAAUUUUGAGCAAGUUAAUAGACUAGUAAUUGUAACUAGUCUGUGGCAAGGGGAAUAAACAAUUAUGCACAAUCGAA